AGUGUAUGUACAAAUGUGUACUGGUUAAUAUAAAUUAACUGGUAUACAUUUACAAGUUAGCCAGGACUGAAGCCAUGAAAGAGCCAGGUGUGAUUCUCUAGGGUCAAUCUGCUAAAGAUUUGGCCUGAGGGUUGUUUGUGUGUAGUGCUUGACAGUGGGGUUAAACCAGUUGUUUGGAUGACAUCGAGAGACUAGGGUGUGCAGUAAGUGGAGUAUAUAUAUAUAUACAUAUGCACGGUGACUUGAUUGUAUGCUGUACUGCUGUGAGGGCACUCACUGGAACCUCGGGACUCAACUCAGUCUGUGUGUGCUCUGGUUGAAUGUCAGGUGUGUCUGUGUAAGUAAAACGCUUACCUUGUUGUCGGACAUCUCUAAGCUCAGUUUUAAUUACACCUGUAGGCAACAGGUAGCUUCGGCACACCUUGAGGGAGCAGGUAGCUUCAGCUACCUCAUCAAAAUCUCCAGUUGUUAUUAGUGCCAGUUAUCAAGGAUUUGAAAUUCUCAAAACCAGGAACAUGUUGAUGUGUAGAUCAGGAAGUUACAAAGCAAGCGCUAACUGGAACCUUACCUGGAAGGAUUGACUGCACAAGUCCACAAACACUAUAAAAGAUAUGCAGUGUGCCUGAUUGAUUGCGUGACACCUGUCCUCACCUGUCGUGAAUAAUACAAUAACUCUAUUGUACUUGCCUGUAUUUACCUGGUCAACAGUUUGAUUCCGAAGUGUGACAAUACUCAAACUCUUGAGACGUCAUAAGCGGAUAAUCAACAUGUUCUAGUUGAAAGAUCAACACAAAAGGGGAGUAAUUCUCAGAUGAUGUGAAAGCACAAUGUCCGUCAGCAGCAGUCGGAGUGCCUUCAGCGAGCGCAGCUGUACCAGCACGAGUACCAAGAUCAGCGUGCCUUCCACUAAGUCCACCACAUCGUCGCGCUCGUACAACCCUUACAAACGGCAGUACCAUGUCGCUGAGGAUGUCGCCAACUGGUGGAGUAUUGGCGACUUCAUUCAGCCAGGCCUAACACAUCAGAGUGUGGGUCUGUCUUUGUACUCUGGUCGUAGUCUUUUCGACAACAACUCUGACGAGGAAAUAUGGGAUUUAGGUGAAUCCCUGCAGGAUCUUUACAGAGAGGUCGACCAGAGGUCACAGGUCAUUAGCAGUAGCUUUCGUAAGAGCAUCACCAACGACAGUAAAGUUGACAUAAAGAACUGGCUGGACAAGGACACAAAUAAUGGUCUGGUGCGUGUGUUCAGUUCAGAGUCUUCCAGCAAAGUCUCACAUCUGGUACCGACAACGCUGACAACCACAGCGCAGAGAAUUUGUUAUCAGUGCAACAUGCCGCCAAAUUCCCUUCACAUGCAGCUUAAUGGCGACAUUAUUCGGAGAUUGGAGCCGUACGAUUGUCCGCUGGAGAUACAGAACGAUUACCUUACAACCAUUGGCUACAACGACAUACGCAAGAUUCAGGAAGAGGGUGCCAAUGAAGACUUAGCCUACCUUGUCAAAUUUUAUGCCGGUAAGCCCUACCAUGAUGGGACAUAUGCCCGUAAUCAACUGCAGGCUUAUCUCAUGGUGCGUAAAGGGAAGCUACUCCAUCAGUGGGUGCGGCGGCUGUGUGUUAUGUCAGGAACCAGACUUCUUAUUCACAGAGAUAAAUCCAGUAGCAAUAGUAAACCAUUAGAAGUACAGCUUGCUAAUGGUUCUGUUGAAGAGGCUCAGGUCAAAGGUCAUGACUACUGUCUCAAGGUGACUUCCACCUUGCAAGGUGAAAAAUCUGUGUACCUUUCAUUUACGGAGGAGGCGGAGUUCAAAAAGUGGUUACGAAAAGCCAAGAAGGCCACCUCAAAACUGCCCACUAAGGCAGACUUGUCAAACUGUCACCUGGAAUUCUUACCUGAAACAAUAUUCAUCAACGAUGGUCUGAAGAUCCUGAAUUUACGACAUAACGUCCUGAAAGAACGUCCGCUUGAUGAAGACAUAUACACGAUAGGGUGGCUGGAUGACCUCCAUAGGUUUUACAAGUUACACAGCUUGAACCUGGCAGAUAAUGACCUGCUCCAGUUCCCAUCAUCCCUCUGUGAUAUCAAGACUCUGGCUGAGCUCAACCUGGCCAGCAACAAGCUACAGGAAAUCCCCUCCGACAUCAGCAAUCUGAAAAAUUUGCAGAUAUUCCAGCUACACAACAAUCAUUUAUCCUCACUACCUGAAUCUUUGUCCAUGCUGAAGAAACUUGUUCUCUUGACGUUGGCAUUUAACAACUUUACCACUGUCCCAGUGGCCUUGCUGCAAUCCCAAGAGUCUGAUAGACCAAAGGUCGACAGCUUCAUUCUGGCAGGGAACAAUAUUGUCAGAUUCUCCUCUGACACUUUAAAAAGAAUGAAGCAUGUGCGAAAACUUGACUUGAGAUUGAACAAACUUGUGCUGCCCCCUAGUGAGCAAGGGAAGUUAUCCAGUCUGGAGCUGGUGACACAUUUGGAUCUUAGAGACAAUAACAUUACAGACUUGGAUAUAAGGUGUUUGAAAAAAGUGGAAUAUUUAAACUGUUGUCGUAACAGACUGAAAACCCUUCAAGUGAGCGGCGUUUCACUGAAAACACUUCUUGCAAGUCACAAUCAACUGGAGGCAUUAUCAAUAAAUCCUAAACCUGAGUACCUAGAAACUUUGGAUGUAUCACAUAAUAGCAUUUUUGAGCUGCCAGACUGGGUUGUGGACUCUUUCUUUCUAGUCAAACUCAACAUAAGUCAUAAUCAACUGAUGCGCUUUCCUCCAGACAUGUUUGAGAACUGCCGAAAGCUGAAGUUUUUCCAUGCCAACCACAACAACCUGUUAGAGUUGCCUGAGAACAUCAACCCUUUGUGUAUAGAGGAAAUGUAUUUACAUCACAACAGACUGACACAGCUUCCACAAGACUUCCUCGCCAUGGCCAACAAGCUGCGUGUCCUGAACUUGUCACAUAACAACCUGCAACAGUUGCCUCCCUUGAAUGGGAAUGAGUCCCUCAACAAAGUGCAGGAGCUGUACCUGACAAGUAACCAGAUAGAAGACGAGGCGGUACAGGUGUUGUGUGGUUACCCACGCCUCAAGACACUGCAUCUGGCUCACAACAACAUCACAGAGAUCAGGGAAAGGGAUGUCAGUAAAUUGGAGCUGUUACAGGAGCUGAACAUUUCUGGGAACAAGCUGACUUACCUCCCUUCCUGCCUCAUGCAGAACAGCAAGCUGACCAUAUUACGUGCUAACUCAAACCAGAUUCACAGCCUGCCAGACUUUGGCAAUGCCAUGUCCCUCAGGGUGUUAGAGGUUGGUUGUAACCAGCUGAUGAAUGUAUCCAUGUCAAACCUUCAUUCUUCACAACUCAACCUACUGGAUGUAUCAGGCAACCCCAAACUCCUGGUUGAUUCCCACGACAUCGAAGGUCUUAGAGAGCACAAGAAGCUGCGGCCGGUUGAUCCAACUGGAACAAACCGGUUAUUGUGGGAUCUGACCUAUCAGCAAAAAGAAGCAGAGGAUCGUCUGGCAGAGCGACAGCGCUGGUUGGCUGGAUUCUCACAGACUUCUGGCAACAGAAACAAGCUCUCCGUAAAAGUGUUGAGCAUUGCCCAGCUACGUUCGGAGUCAGACGGAUUGUUUGCUGUGUUUGAUGGAGGACGGAAUGAAGAAGUUGCCCAAAUUCUUCUUGACAACUUCCCAAGCAUCAUUCAACAUGAACUGGCCAACUGUAAGAAGAAGGAACUCUACAUGAAAUAUGCUGUCCUCACUGCUCACAAGAAAUUAAAGGUUACAGGCCAGAAGUUGGGGGCGUCUGCUGUUCUUUGUCAUAUCAUCAAGGGAGAGAAGCCACACCAGCUGCUGAUCAACGUGGCUAACGUGGGAGACUGCGAGCUUGUGAUGUGUCGCCGUGGUCACGGCUACUGUUUGACGCGCCCAUUUAUGGUGUCACGGGAUAGAGAGGACUGUAAACGAAUUCUCAACUCUGAUGGAAUUAUUACUGAGGAUGACAAAGUGAAUGGGAUUUCCUGCACAACGCGCAUGAUUGGGUGUGCCUACCUUUACCCUCAAGUCAUCCCCAACCCACACUUCUUCAGCUACGCACUUCAUCCAGACGAUGAGUUUAUCAUAAUGGCCAACAAAGGAUUGUGGGAUUUCAUCGGCUACCAAGAAGCAGUGGAAGAGGUGCGUGGGAUUUAUGAUCCUGUUGCUGCGACAAAGAAAUUACAAGACCUUGCACAGGCAUAUGGCUCCAAAGAAAAUAUUGGGAUCCUUAUUUUGAGGAUCAAAGGGAGACAACCCAAAGUGAAUGGCACUAAUGGCCAUGUCAAGUCAGCUCCACCCACAUCUAUGACUGAAAAGCCAUUGGAAGGCUUCCGAUUGGCUGCUGAGUGCCAUGACAACUGGGGCCAUGAUGAGUGGGGGAGUGUGUACAGUCUAUCCACGACGACCACAAGUGACUUUGAACCGCUUAGUUUCACAUCUCAGUCAACUGCUGUGGAGCAGCACUCAGUCAGUUCGGGAAAUUCCAAAAAACUGAAAAAUACUCAACAAAAACCUGAUCUACCAAAUUCAAUGAAGACAGUCACUAAACCUGCCAUACCAAAGAAACCAACAAAUGUAUCAAUGAAGAAAAAAGAGAAGAAAGAUGAAUCCGUUUUGUCUCCUACAACUCACCCUGCAGAGAUAUCUAUCCGUCCAUUACCACGUCAACGGAUAACUGAUAAGAACCCAGUGGAAGAAUGGGAAAGCAUAUUACAGGACCGACUCUCAGAGGAGGUGAAGAAUAAAGAGUUACAGUACAUGUGGGGUGCGCAAGAGGAAACGAUUGACAUGGACAGCAGCUUUGGGGCAGUCCCACCCAAUGGCACAUCGAGUAACUGGUCAACAGUGGGAAAGAAGAAAGGAGAUCACAUUGCUGCACAAAUAAACGAGACAAACAAAUCUCUGACCACCAUUGACCAAAAAAAUGAGAAAUUGUUCGCUAAAGGUAUCACUAGCCCGCCAUGGUCGCAGUCACAGUUGGUGAUGAAAUUAGAGGAGGUAGUGGCAGCUUCGUCACCAGAGAAGGAGGCAAACGCUGAGCCAGCAUCCCCGCCUCCAACACAGAAUGAUGAGGAGUACAUACGCUAUGCUGGCCCAACCGUUGAUCGUGAUGCACUGCUCUUCCAUCAGAUGAAUCAGGCGAGGGCCAAAAGCAGCAGUAUGGCCAGUAUUGAUACGGUGAAAUCUGACAUUGGUGCGACUCGCUCGGGUGUGCUGGCGGCGCAGUGUGCUCCAAUUUCACAUAGCAUUGAGGUGAUUGUGCGUGACGACCCAGAUGAAGGGUACGAACCACAUGAGGAGUACAUCCCAGAGGAAGGGGAAGUAUUUGAAGCAUACGAUGAUUACUAUCAGGGCUCUGUGUCCAGUUUAGAUGAGGAUUCUUUCUCUGAAGGCAGCUUUGUUGUAUCUGACCUUGACCUCAAUUCCAAUUCCAGUUCUCUGAUUCAACUUGCUCCGAAAGUAAAACACCCCGAUAAUGACCGGACUCCCUCCAAUUCUGCCAGUGAGGAAACCCUGAAAAAUUCAGAGGAAGGAAUCUCAUCCUCGCACCCAAUGUAUCACAACCUGAAUAAACUACAGACAGCCAGUCAGUACUCUGUCGCCCAGAUAAGUAAUGUAUCCAGCUCCUCAAGCAUACCAAGUGUCGCCACCCUGGUCGUCACACAGUUGUGACACCAAUGUGACAUCUACACUUUAUACUGAUCUGCGACAUAAUCCUCAAGCGUACCAAGUGUCGCCAUCCUGGUCAUC